AUGACAGAAACAUUGUUGUACACAAGAAUCUUGUUCCUGUUACAAUCACUUGGCAUAUUUCUGUCUUUAUCUGGACUCACCCAAGCUGAACACCAGUAUUCUCACAACCCCACAGAGGUGGUAAUUCCCUUGAAGGUAACUGGAAAGUUCGGAACCAUGAUGUCACCAGGCUGGAUCUCAUAUAGCCUGAAACUUGGGGGACAGAAGCAUAUUAUCCACAUGAAGGUCAAGAACUUUUUGUUGUCCAAACACCUCCCAGUAUUUACCUACACAGACCAGGGUGCUCUGCUUGAAGAUGAACCUUUUGUCCAGGAUGACUGCUACUAUCAUGGUUAUGUGGAGGGGGAUCCAGAAUCCCUGGUUUCCCUCAAUACUUGUUUUGGGGGUUUUCAAGGAAUGUUGGAGAUAAAUAGUAUUGUUUAUGAAAUCAUGCCCAUAAAGUUUUCUACCACAUUUGAACAUGCAGUAUAUAAGUUGAACAAUGAGGAUACACCAUCAUCACCCAGAAGUUCUGAUCAUAUAGAAGAUACAAUAACAUUCCAAAUAGAGUUUCAACAAAAGGAUGCUUCCACUCAGAAAGGAUAUCCUCUGGAAGGCUGGUGGGUGCAUGAUAGACGCAUUGAAUAUGUAGUGCUGAUCGACAAUGGUCUAUAUACUCAUUAUGGAAAAAAUGAUUCGAAAGUGCUCUCAAAUCUAGCUGCUGUGAUACAUAUGGUAGAUUCCAUUUAUGAUGCUCUUGGGGUUCAAAUCUUCCUCGUUGGUUUGGAGAUUUGGAAUAAAAGAAAUCAAAUUGUAGUAGAUGAUGUAAGAAAAAGUGCAAAAAUAUUUUGCAAUUGGAAAGUUAAAAACAUUUAUCACAGACUAAAACAUGAUACUAUACAUCUUUACAUAAACAAGCACUUAAGAGGAUUAAGUGGCCUAAGUAUACAACAAGGAAUGUGUAACCCAUAUAGGAGUUGUGCAAUUGUUACUUUCGUAAAUAGGACCUUGCCCAUUUCUUCAUUUGGGGUAGCUCAUCACAUAGGUCAUAAUUUGGGCAUGUCCCAUGAUAUGUUUCCGUGCAAGUGUGUACACCCAAAGUGUAUAAUGCAUGUGGAUAACCCACCAACUCCUAAAUUUUCUGAUUGUAAUUAUGACAUUUUUUGGGAAUACAUUAUAAAAAAGACAACAUGUUUGAUGGAAAAUAUGUACGAACAUGAUAUCUUUUAUAGGAAGCACUGUGGGAAUGGUGUUAUUGAAAAUGAAGAGGCAUGUGAUUGUGGAACUUUACAGCAUUGUUUAAAAGAUCCCUGUUGUAUGCCAAAUUGCACUCUGAGUAUGGGAUCUGCAUGUGCCUUUGGUCUUUGUUGUAAAGAUUGCCAAUUUGCACCAUCAGGCGAAGUAUGUAGAAAAGAGGCUAAUGCGUGUGAUCUUCCAGAAUGGUGCAAUGGAACUUCCCACAAGUGUCCAGAUGAUGUAUAUGUGGAAGAUGGAAUUCCCUGUAAUGAUACAGCUUUCUGCUAUGAAAAGCGAUGCAAUGAUCGCAAUGAACGAUGUAGGCAAAUUUUUGGUAAAGAGGCACGAAGUGCAAAACAGAGUUGUUACAAACCAGUGAACACCCACGGUGAUCGUUUCGGGAACUGUGGUAUAAAGGGUAUUAGUUUUGUAAAAUGCAAAGAGGAAGAUGUCCUGUGUGGGAGAAUUCAGUGUGAUAAUGUGAAAGAAAUUCCCCAUAUGGCAGAUCAUGGUACUAUCCACUUUGCUAAUAUCAAUAACAUAAGCUGCUGGGGUACUGAUUUCCACCUUGGGACACGCCUCUCUGAUGUUGGUGACGUGAAAGAUGGUACCGAAUGUGGCCAAGAUCAUAUCUGCAUCCAAAGGCACUGUGUGCAUAUAUCUGUUCUGGAUAGUAAUUGUUCACCUGCUUUCUGUAAUGAAAGAGGUAUCUGCAACAAUAAACAUCACUGUCAUUGCAACUAUCUGUGGGACCCUCCCAACUGCCUGAUCAAAGGCUAUGGUGGUAGUAUUGACAGUGGCCCACCCCCAAAGAGAAAGAGAAAGAAGAAGUUUUGUUACCUGUGUCUACUGUUGCUCUUAAUUUUAGUUAUUUUAUUAUGUUGUCUUUUCUGGCUUUGGAAGACACGAAAACCUAGGGAGAAAAAGCAAAAUGUUCAGACUUCAACUCUAAAAGGAACAAAAAAAUCACGCCAUAAAUUUGGAUGUGCACAGCAGCAGUUUCCCUCAUCAUCAAGUGGAAGUGGUUUAUAUGUGAAAGGGCUCAUGCAGGUCCUAAAGGCAAAAUCUCUUUUCUCUUUUAACUCUUUUAUAUUAGUGAUCUUUUUCUUGCUUUUCUUAGUGGUUAGCCUGGGGCCAAGUGAGAUCCAGUCUCCAAGAAUGAUGGAAGACAAAGGCACUAUUAAUCAGAAAGCAACAAAGGAAAACCACAAAAUUCAGCUUGGAGUAGUGCUGACAGAAGAGCACAGCAGAAAGGCAUUAGAUGGGCAAAUGUAUAAAUCCUUCAAAGUUAUUGCUGAAAGUGAAGAAAGCUGGAUAGCAUACCACACCAUAGGCUUUCUGAACCAUUGUAAUGAGAAGACCAUAGCAAAAAAGGAAGAGCAAGAAAAAUCAGAUGCAGGCGCCCCACUCCCGGCCAAGAUGUCUGACAUGGAGGAUGAUUUCAUGUGCGAUGAUGAGGAGGAUUUCGACUUGGAAUACUCUGAAGACAAUAACUCUGAACCAAAUGUGGAUUUGGAAAAUCAGUACUAUAAUUCCAAAGCAUUAAAAAAAGAUGACCCAAAAGCAGCACUGAGCAGCUUCCAAAGGUUUUGGAACUAG